AUGGUGUUCUGUCAACAGUGUCCAGAUCAAGAUGACUCUUCAGAAGAAGACACAAUGGAAGUCUACUCCCCACCCACCCUUCAGAGCCUGGCAAUUCAGAGGCUACUGAGGGAGGAGGCCUUGGCCAUUUCUGCUCUCAAGGAUCUGCCAAAUAGGCUGCUCCCAGUGAUAUUUGAGGAAGCCUUCAUAGCUGGACAUACAAAGAUCUUGACGGCCAUGAUACCUGUGUGGCCAUUCCCAUACCUUUCUGUAGGAAUGAUGAUAAAGAACCUCAACCUGGACUCUUUGAAGGCUGUGCUGGAAGGCCUAGACUUACUGAUUUCACGAAAGGUUUGCUCCAGUAGGUGCAAACUCAGAGAGAUCAAUUGGAUGGAUAUGUACCAUGAAGUGUCUGGAAUAUGGGCUGGAUACAAUGAAAAUGAAGGCUUAGCAGAGUUCACGACACAGAAGCAGCCAGUGGAGACCUGUCCUGACUGUGGGAUGAAGAAAGAUUUGAAUGUGAUUACUCGACUCCAACUCAGGGAGGGCAGAUUUGAUGAAACUAAUACAUACCUAUUGAAGUGGGCCCAACAGAGAAAAGAUUCCUUUCAUCUAUGCUGCAGAAUGCUGGAGAUUUGGGGCUUAUCCGAGGCUGCAGACAUAGAAGUCUUCAAAAUUGUACAUGCAAACUGUAUACAAGUGCUGAGGUUAAAGUAUGUCUUCCUAGAAGAUUUGGCUAUGCUUAAUCCCUACCUGAGACAGAUGAACAAUCUCUUCACACUCAUGCUAGAUGGCAUCAAACGUAGACGCAGAAUGGGCAAUUUUGGAAAGCUUAAUCAGCAGAAUGUGAUCACAUGGAUUUCUCGACUUCCCACAUUCUACUGUCUCCAGGAACUCUGUAUAAAUAAUGUCUUCUUUAUAAGCCUGAAAGAAUUGCUCAGGUGCCUGAAGAAUCCCUUGGAGAUACUUUACAUGGCCAACUGUCCCCUCUCACAGUCAGACUUGGAUUAUCUGCCCUAUUGCCUGAAUAUUUUUGAGCUCAGAUGUCUGACCCUUAUUAAUGUUAAUUUAUGUUAUUCACUCCUUGAGCCUCUUGGGUUUCUACUUGAGAGAGUUAGACAUACACUAGAAUGUCUAGAAUUGAAAUCAUGUCACAUGGGGGAAUCUCAGUUCAAUGCCUUGUUGCCUGCCCUCAGCCAAUGUUCUUGCCUCACAGAAGUCAAUUUCUAUGAUAAUGAACUCUCCCUGCUUUUCCUGAAACAACUUUUGUACCACAGAGCCAAGCUGAGUCAGCUGACUGAUGAGAUGUACCCUGCCCCUUUGGCGUGCUAUGAUAAUGGGGAUGUAAUACUAACACACAGAUUAGAAAAAUUUUGUCCUGAGCUCCUGGAUAUACUCAAGGCCAAAAGACAGCCCAAGGAAGUCAUCUUUGCUACAAUGCAAUGUUCUAAGUGA